GUGAUUGGUCCAUUUCUCAACGUUUUCAGGCUGCGGUCCUUUGCUGUGGGAGACUCCAGAUCAUCCACGGAUAAACAAAUACACAAGGAAGAGAAACGUGACAGGUUACGUAAUACGUCACAGGGGAAAUUUGCUUCAGCGGCGUCUGAAGAGACUCGUAUGUUUUGGUGGAAGCUGGUGUACGACGAGAGCAUAGCAUCUUCACAGCUGACCCUUGUGUUACAUGUUUCAAUACACCGUCCGACUCACGACCAAAAGAGUCUGGCACAGGUGGAGAGAAGCAAACCUUAACCAUGGCUGCAGUGCAUCACCCAGGGCCCCCAUUCAAGGACCCACUUUACUGGGAUGAAACUGAGUGCCUGCACUACUACGGGAUGCUGUCUCUCCAUGAGGUCUUUGAAGUAGUUGGCUCUCAGCUGACGGAUACUGACAUUGAAGUGCUGUCAUUCCUUCUGAAUGAAACCUGUUCUGCGCCACACCUUCUUGAUCCAGCGGGCUGGACAGUUGAGCCCUGUGAGGACGAUCCAGAUGACUCAGGUGUGUCCCCAAGUCCAGAGCUGCUAAAGGCAUGGAGACAGUUAAAGCCUGAGGGAUCCAAGCGACCCUUAAUGGACUCCAAGCCUAAGAAUGGCCUUGAGCUGUUGCUACAGCUUGAGAGACAAGGGUACCUUGGUGACGGCAACCUGGAGCCACUACUGCAACUACUUAGAGUUCUCACCCGUCAUGAUCUGCUGCCUUUGGUGUCCCACAAGAAAAGAAGGACAGUGUCCCCAGAAAGAAUUGGACAAAGAUAUUCAAUAGGGAGUAGAAAGCUGGUGUGUGCCUCUGGAUUGCGACACAGCUGCAGACAGACAGAAGCACCCCUUUCAUCUUUUACACAGCAACUGAGAACUGGUGUUUACCCUCCAAUGGCUGGGCCAUCUGUUAGGAGGCGGCGGAAGAAGAGAGGAAAUGGCUGGACCCGUAGGUCCAAGAAAACAAGUAGACAGAGCCAAUCAGUGCAUCCAACACCAGCACCACAGAAAGUGUCCUGUGACAUCCGCCUACGUGUUCGGGCUGAAUACCUGGAGCAUGAGUCUGCACUCCGUGAUGGUGUCUCCUCAGACAAGCGGCAGCCGCUGGAGCGGCAGUUUGAGUUGUUUAGUCAAGCCAGCUCACUACUGCGUGCAAGAGACUUGGGUUCUAUUGUCUGCGACAUCAAGUUUACAGAACUGGACAACCUGGAGGCCUUCUGGGGCGACUACCUGAGUGGAGCUCUGCUGGAGGCUCUGAAGGGAGUCUUCAUCACUGACUCUCUGCGGAUGGCAGCGGGCACAGAGGGUGUCCGCUUACUGAUCAGCGUGGACCAAGAUGACUAUGAGGAGGGCCGAAGGCUGCUGAAAGCUAGAAAAAUGCUGUCAUCCCAUAAUGGUGCAACUGUUUAAGACACCAGGAUGAAACGGGACAUAUGAAGAUUGUUCCUCUUAGUGAGAACAGGAGCAAGCCAGCUUGUGACAUGAGAUCAAGUGGUAAGCCUCUAAUGACACUAUUAGACUUUAAAUAAAUCAGGUUAAGGCAACUGGGCUGCCACUGGAGAAAAUGUUGCAUGCUGAUGUCAGCCACCCUCAACAGAGACACUAAUACAGCCUUCACAAGCCACUGUCAUACCAUAAUCCUUAUUAAAUAUUUUUUGUGCAUUUUUCUGAAAUUA